AUGUCGUGCUCUCCGGUCUCUUCCUCUGGACACUGGUGGACCGUCGACGACAAUGGAAUAACACCUACAGAACAGAAAAAUGUUACUGUUCGGUUCCACCCUGUUUACCCACGGUCUGUCUAUGGAUUUCAUGUUACGGCUGGGAAAGUAAAACCAGUGGGAGACAGGGCUAAGACCUGCUUGGAAGAAACAACAAAGUCUCCAACUCCACCUGGGGUCAGAAAAUUCCGUACCAGCAGUCAGCCUGAGCCAGGAGCUAUCAGAGUGCAUCAUGGGAAAGCAAAUGAUCUAGAUGUUGCCAGCAGCCUUGUUCAUGGUGUCAGCACCAAGUAUUCCCUUUCUGUCUCAAGCAUAAAUCCUGGUCAAAAGACUUUAUUUCAAGACAAGCUGCAAGAGCUGAGUGAGAAAGUAUAUGCCUCCAGUCAAAAAGCCCCACUCGGCAGGUCACAUGAUCAACGUCUGGGACUUCCCACCUGGUUUAAUGAUGAAAUCACAUUUGGUGUUAAGACGGUUAAAGACUCAGGCGUCCGUGAGAUUCUUAACCCAUCAAAAACAGUAGAGGAGGUGGAGCAGGAGGCCCAGGAGGGACAUGACAUGUACGUCUGCAGCCACAACGCCUAUGAUGUUGGUGAGCGAAUCGAUAGGAAGUACGACUGGACUCGCUACACUAAGGACAGUGUUUUUGGAGUUACCACCCCUCAUUUUAAUGAUGGCCGUAACCUUGCCAAGUCUCUUCAAUGGCUGGAUGAAAAACAGAAGUUUUACAAUCCAAAAGUUGAUUGGAGAAGAUCUAAUAACUCAAAGGAAAAGAUGCAGCUACUAUAUAAUGGCAAAGUGAAUAAACAGAGAGGAAAUAUCUUGAAUGUUCCACCAGAACACACUUUUGGACUUCUCUUGCCAGAAGAUGUAAUUGGUGUGGGAGAGACAAUCCACUCAACAGGACCAGGACAGGACACAAGAGGCCGAGACCAACAGCGAAGCCUCGUCCACACAGUACAACACCACCUCAAGAAGGUCAACUUCCAUCACUUCCCCACUCUGCUACAGGCAUUCAGACACUACGACAAGAAGGGUAAGGGCAUGAUAGACAAAGACGACUUGCGGGAGGUGUGCCAUGAGUUCCAGAUGGACGUGAAUGAGCUGGUCCUGGAUGACCUGAUGGAUUACUGCGAUGAAGACAAGGACGGACUCAUCAACUUCCUGGAGUUUGCGAACUUCCUUAACUGGAAGGAAAAGAUGCCGAUUAAGACUCCAGAGCAACAGAUCCUAACAGGCAAGCAGCAGAUCAACUCAGAGAUGAAACCCUCAACAGAACCAGCUCAGCUUCCUGCCCCUAAAGCUCUGAUUAAAGCAGAAGACCUGGAGCCCAUAGAACCAGGCAGCUCACUGAAGAUUCCCAGGACUCUAAGACGAACCAGGGCCAGUCCACACCACUUCAUCACCUCCUCGUCCUGCAUCGGAGCUGCUGGUGUCAAUGACUCCGCAAACUGUCAUACUUUUGGAAUACCCAGUAUACGAACUGACCUUCCAGCUCCACGCGUCAAGAGAGUCAGCGACCGAACCAACUAUGGAGACACGUCCACAGCUGUUGAUCUACUCUUUCCCUCGGUUCAUGCCGCUUUCGGUGUUCAUGAAGAACACUUCCUGUGUCCUCGAAGCAAGCAGGAGAUUGAGGAAAUCUUCAAGAAUGUGGGUGUGAAUAUCCCCGAGGAGAAAUUUGAGGAAGUUUGGAAACUGGCAUCCAUGAGACAUCCAGAUGGAGAGGUUUGCGUCGACACUUUCCGGAAUGUACUAAGGGAAAUAAAAGCAAUGUAGUGCAUCCAAUCACAAAGACAAGAACUGGAGGUGAUUUUAUUUGGGUCACCAAAUGAAUGAGCAUUUGUCAAAAUGUUCAAGAAAAAGCGUGGUUUGAUGAAUGUACUCUUAACACUGAGUCUAGACUAAAAGGCUGGUGAAGAUUUGUGAAUUCUGCCUAAAUUCAUUCAUUUUGUCUCACUUAAGAAAUGACUGUAUUUAACCCAUAAAGACAC